GCACCCCGAUGGCGACCCCUUCGCAGAAGCGGAGCACCCGCAGCGGGGCUGCGGGGACCCCCCUGUCCCCGACCCGCAUCACCCGCCUGCAGGAGAAGGAGGACCUGCAGGAGCUCAACGACCGCUUGGCCGUUUACAUCGACAAAGUGCGCUCCUUGGAGCUGGAGAACGCGGGGCUCCGGCUCCGCAUCACCGAGUCCGAGGAGGUGGUGAGCCGGGAGGUGUCCGGCAUCAAGGCUGCCUACGAGUCGGAGCUGGCCGAUGCCCGCAAGACCUUGGAUUCCGUGGCCAAGGAGAGAGCUCGGUUGCAGCUGGAGCUCAGCAAAGUCAGGGAGGAGCACAAGGAGCUCAAAGCGCGGAACGCCAAGAAGGAAGGGGACCUGCUGACGGCGCAGGCGCGCCUCAAGGACGUGGAGGCUCUGCUCAACUCCAAGGAGGCCGCGCUCUCCACGGCCCUGGGCGAGAAGAGGAACCUGGAGAACGAAGUGAGGGACCUGAGGGCGCAGGUGGCCAAGCUGGAGAGCGCCUUGGGUGAAGCCAAGAAGCAGCUGCAGGAUGAGAUGCUGCGGCGCGUGGAUGCCGAGAACCGGCUGCAGACGCUGAAGGAGGAGCUGGAGUUCCAGAAGAACAUUUACAGCGAGGAGCUGCGGGAGACCAAGCGCCGGCACGAGACGCGGCUGGUGGAGAUCGACAACGGGCGGCAGCGGGAGUUCGAGAGCAAGCUCUCGGAGGCCCUGCAGGAGCUGCGGAGCCAGCACGAAGCCCAGAUCAGGCUCUACAAGGAGGAACUGGAAAAGACCUACGGGGCGAAGCUGGAGAACGCCAAGCAGUCGGCUGAGAGGAACAGCAACAUGGUUGGUGCUGCCCAUGAGGAGCUGCAGCAGACCCGCAUCCGCAUCGACAACCUCUCCUCGGAAGUCAGCCAGCUCCAGAAGCAGUUGGCUGCUAAGGAAGCGAAGCUGCACGACCUGGAGGAUAUCCUGGCCAGGGAACGUGAGACCAACCGGCGCCUGCUGUCCGACAAGGAGCGGGACAUGGCCGAGAUGAGGGCACGCAUGCAGCAGCAGCUCGAUGAGUACCAAGAGCUGCUGGACAUCAAACUGGCUCUGGACAUGGAGAUCAACGCCUACCGCAAGCUGCUGGAGGGCGAGGAGGAGCGGCUGAGGUUGUCUCCCAGCCCUUCCUCCCACAAAGGGACAUCCCGGAGCCAUUUGUCCACCCCAGGCUCCUCCAAGAAGAGGAAGCUGGAGGACAGCGAGAGCCGGACCAGUUUCUCCCACCAUGCCCGGACGAGCGGCCGCGUCGGUGUGGAGGAGGUUGACUUGGAGGGGAGAUUCGUGAGGCUCAGGAACAAGUCCAAUGAGGACCAGGCGAUGGGGAGCUGGCAGAUCAAGAGGCAGAAUGGAGACGAUCCCCCCAUCACCUACCGCUUCCCCCCGAAGUUCACCCUGAAAGCUGGCCAAGUGGUCACGAUCUGGGCCUCGGGGGCUGGUGCGACCCAUAGCCCCCCCAGCAACGUGGUGUGGAAAGCCCAGAGCAGCUGGGGCUCCGGCGACAGCCUGCGCACUGCCCUCAUCAACUCCAAUGGGGAGGAGGUGGCCAUGAGGAAGCUGGUCCGCACCGUGAUCAUCAAUGAUGACGAUGAGGAUGAGGACGAUGAUGAAGUUAACAUCCAUCACCGCCAUCACCACGGCAGCUGCGGUGGCCCCGGUGAUCCCGGUGAAUACAACCUGCGCUCGCGCACCGUGGUCUGCGGCACGUGCGGGCAACCGGCCGACAAGGGGGGCAACCAGAACAUGGCCACCAUGUCCUCAGGCUCGUCCACCUCCAGCGUGACCGUCACCCGCAGCUACCGCAGCAUGGGCGACAGCGGCAGCAUCGGCCUCGGCGAGACGCUGGUCACCAGGAACUACCUCCUGGGUGACUCCGGGCCGCGCCGGCAGGCUCAGGCUGUGCAGAACUGCAGCAUCAUGUAACGCCACGGCACCAUUCCCGGGAUCCCUGGGCAGGAUUUGCUUUCCCAAAGGCAGAGAAUUUCGGUGUUUUCUUUUCGACCCGCCGGGAUCCAGCGCCGACGUCGGGAUUUUUUCCCCUUUUCUAGAGCAGGAAUUUUAUAUAUAAACCUCUUGGAAACGCUUCCG